AUGAAAAUGCUUUUGUAUUUUAUAUUUAAUGGAUAUCCUGUGUUCUUUUAUAAGAAAUAUCAUUAUGAUACUAAGUAAAUUCAUAAUAUAGAUAUAAACUGCAUCAUAAUAGUAUAUAAUUUGAUAAAAGCAUUUGUAAUUUAAUAAUAUAAUAGCAAUAUAUAUAUUAAGCCAGUGGUUGCAAUAAUCAAACUAUACUCAAGAAUAUAAUCCAUGAUGAAAUUGUAUUAUUGGUCUAUUUAAAAGAUUGUUUUCCAAAUUAAAAUAGAAUAACAAGAUGGAUUAAUCACAGCUCUAACAAAAUUUGAUUAAUCAUUACAAAUUUAGAAUGUCUAUGAAAUCUUAUAAAGAUUGAUACUUAAUAUAUAAACUUUAGAAGAAUUGGAUAAAGCAAAUAUUAGAAGUCAUAGUGGUUUUUUAUUGGAUUUUUUGUAUUUGAUAAAUAAUUUAAUUAUUAGAAGUACAAUAAUAGAUUUUAUUUUAGGUUUUAAGGAUUAUAUUUGA